UUACGUUACCACGGAGCAUCCGAUUCCUAAGUCGCGAAUUGCAAUCCCUGCUGUUCCGCUCUGAAAUCGGAAUCUUUCUCCUCGCCUCUGCUCGUUGAGAUUUUCUCCGUCCAGGUGCGACUGAUGGCGGCAGGAAGCGGUGGCGGCGGAAAGGUCUCGUUUAAGGUGAUCCUGACCUCCGAUCCGAAGCUUCCGUUCAAAGUUUUCAGCGUCCCGGAGGCGGCCCCUUUUACUGCGGUGCUGAAAUUCGCAGCGGAGGAAUUCAAGGUCCCUCCUCAGACCAGCGCCAUCAUCACCAACGAUGGCGUGGGUAUCAACCCACAACAAAGUGCUGGUAAUGUAUUUCUCAAACAUGGUUCGGAGUUGCGUCUCAUCCCCCGUGACCGAGUUGGAGGGAGCUUAUAAGGCGUCCAUUUCUCCAUUUCAAAACAUUUGGUUUGUGUUUGCACUCAUGUCUAGUGGCAUAACCUCAUAAGCGGCUAGAAAACGUUGUGCAGCAACAUUUUGUAGUGUGUUGUAUCUGGUGCAAGCCUAGCAUGCACAACUAUUGACCUAUUUGCUCAACUCUUUGAAGUUUGGAAUGGUUGCAUCGACUUGGUUAUCAGCAACCAUUUGGAUAA